UUCGAUAAAAUGCCAAUGGCAUCUAAAUCAAGGCUAUCCCCCUUUGUUUUCUUCUUCAUCUUCCUGGCGCUAGCUACUACUCUAGCUAUAGCCAAGGAAGACCCUGAGCUGCAGCAGUGCAGAGAGAAGUGCCAAUACCAAAGGGGUUUUGACCAGCAGCAGAAGGAACGGUGUGUAAGCCAAUGUGAAGAUUACAGCAGACACAAACACGGUGGUAGUAGCCAUGAUGACUUGUUGUGGGGGAAACAGAAAAGCCCAGCGGAGAAGCUGAGCGAGUGUCGUCAAACAUGCGAGAGAAAAACUGAUCAACAACGUCAUGAUUGCAGAGACCAGUGCUGGGAGGAUUACAAGCGACAGGAAAAGAAACAUGCCGGCGGCAGCAGCGAUGCAGAAGAGUUUAAUGUAAUUCAUCCCACAAGGGAACCCGAAAAAAGGUACAAGGAGUGUAUCGAACAGUGCAAAAGUAAGGAGGGGAGAGACAUAGAACUGUGCCAUAUCCGGUGCGAUAAGCAGAGGAGGAAAGAGGCCGGGAGCAAACAUGAGAACCCAACUCACCGAGGAGAGGAAGAGGAAGAAGAAGGAGAAGGAAAAGAGAGGGAGAGGAAUCCAUACGUGUUCGAAGAUCAACACUUUCAGACCAAGUUCGAGACAGAGCAUGGAAGAGUUAGGCUUCUUCAAAACUUUGCAGAAAGGUCAAAGCUACUCGUCGGCCUCGUCAACCAUCGCGUCUCCAUCCUCGAAGCGAAUCCCAGCACUUUCAUAGCUCCAUACCAUACUGAUGCCGACGGCCUCUUCUUCGUGGCCGAGGGUAAAGCAACUAUAAGCUUGGUUCGUGAGGACAAAAGGGAGAGUUUCAAUCUGAAGAGGGGAGAUAUCAUCCGAAUCCCGUCCGGUACAACAGUCUACAUGAUAAACAGAGCUAGAAACCAGAAACUCGUUGUGGUGAAGCUUUACCAGCCCGUCUCAACCCCAGGCCAUUACGAGUCAUUCACCGGUCCCGGAGGUAAAGAUCCCGAAUCCUUUUUCAACGUUUUCAGUCCAGAACUGCUCGAGUCUGCUUUCAACGUUAAGAGGGAGAAAAUUCAGAGGCUGUUUGAAAAACAGAACCAAGGAGUGAUCGUGAAAGCUUCUGAACAGCAGAUUAAAGCCAUGUCACAGCACGAGUCAGGUGGUGGAAUCUGGCCAUUCGGAGGCGAAUCGAAGGGUCCUUUCAAUCUGUUCGAGAAGGCUUACGCCUCUCAAUCUAAAUCAAACCAAUAUGGACAGUUGUUUGAGGUUGCUGCCGAUGACAACAAAGACUUGCGCGAACUGAACGUUGGCGUAUCCUUUGCCAACAUCACCAAAGGAUCGAUGACAGCCCCAUUCUACAAUUCCAAGGCCACAAAGAUAGUCUUAGUGAUCCGUGGUGAAGGUUAUUUCGAAAUGGCAUGCCCUCACUUGUCCAAAUCUGGACAGCAACAACAACAACAACAGCACUACGAAAGAGUGAAAGGGCAGUUGCGAAAAGGCGUCCUCUAUGUAGUACCUGCCGGACAUCCUGUCAUCACGGUUAGUCAUGGCAGUCAGAACCUGGAACUUCUCUGCCUCGAUGUAAACGGCUUGCAGAACGAGAAAUAUACAUUAGCUGGGCGGAGGAAUAUAAUAAGGCAGCUGGAGAAGACUGCGUUGGAGUUGUCUUUCGGCGGGGUACAGGAGAAAGAAAUCAGGGAAGUGUUCGAGAGCCAAUCCGAAGAGUUUUUCUUCAAGGGACCAUCUCAAUCUCAGCAGAUGCAGCAGGAAGAUGGUUUUGCUGCUGAAUGA